UCUGCCCAACAAUUCGUCGAGGUCGAGGGUGGCACGACGUUUACGCUAGCUCCUGCAACAGCCCACCGAUACUCACUAUCACUGAGGAGCGGGAAACUUCGCGUUUGGCUUGAAAACUGCGACACCAAGAAGCAGUGGUGCACGAGCGACUUGGCUCUCGAGAACUACGUGAACCCUUCCAACGUCAUUCCUGACGCUGCCGCUUCAGACUACUUCUUCCGGACUUUACUUGAGAAAGAAGUAACAAGUGCCGACGAGUUUCCAAGAACCUUUAAACGGAUUAAGGGCGACGUCUUUCGCCUGGAGAUUACAAUGAAGUUCCAAGUGCUCAUGCGGUCUUGGGUGGCGACCUAC